GUAGUAGGCCUCCCCCUACCUCAUGGACUCAGUCUUCUUCCUGGAUGAAGAAGCUCGUGCCCGCUUUCUCCGAAGCUUAGUUCAAUCGGUUGGCUGCACCCACGUUUGCUUGUGGUUCAAUUACCCCCCUUCUUCCAACUACUUAAUCUUCAUGGAUGGGCUUUACAAUGACCAAAGCGACCUUGCACGGAGACACUUCGAUGAUUAUCGCCAAUAUCCAUACAGCAUCGAGAAUGGCUAUGUUCCUGGACUUGCUUUCAAGGAAGGUCUUCCCUAUUUAGAACUCAAGGAACAGGAGCUUCUGAGCAGAGUUUCAACUGAAACCCAACGCCAAUUCUAUCAGGAAGCCAAGAUUAAGGCUGCAGCAUUUAUGAGAUGCAGAAGUGGUGAGAUUGAAAUAGGCUAUUCCGUCCCAACUGAGCAAAAUUACAUGGAAAUGGAGAUGAAAAGGUGGUUUCCUGAUGACUUCUAUCUUCAGACUCAAUCUCAACAAGGAGAGCUCCCCCGUCCACCGGAACAGAACAGGCCUUCCUCAUCUUCAUCCUCAUUGAUAUCACUGUCUAUGGGUAGUCCCUCUUCAGAGUAUUCAUCUCUUCUCUUCAACAAUAUCCCCAGCACUUCUAACCUUCCACCUGUAUCCCUGAAGGAAGCACCACCCAUUGACAAACCAACAAGGCCCAUCUCAGUAGGCAUAAUCCAGCCACAGCAGCAACAGCAAACCAUGCAACCCUACCACAGGCUUCUUCUCCCUCCUUUCCAAAACCCUGGAAAGGAUAUUGAUGCAGCCAUGACAAGAGCCAUUCUUGCUGUUAUAUCUUCCCCUUCAACUUCUUCUUCUUCAGCUUAUCAUCAAACCCAAGAAAAUCCAUCUCUCAAUUACCAAGUAAGACCUCAAACAAGUGCUUUCAAGUCUUACUCUCCAUCACUAGCCCCCAAAGCCCAAACAAAAGCUUCUCUCAGUAGACAAAAUAUGCUGAAGCGUGCAAUUUCCUUCCUUGCCAAUAUGAGAUUGAAGAAGCUUCAAGAACAUAUGCAAGGAAUUCGCCCCAACCCAACUAGCACACAAUUAACCCAUAUGAUAUCAGAGCGUAAGAGGCGAGAGAAGCUCAAUGAAAGUUUCCAGGCACUUAGAUCAUUACUACCUCCAGGUUUGAAGAAAGACAAGGCAUCGGUGCUCUCUAGCACUAGGGAUUACUUGGACUCUUUGAAAGCUGAGAUUUUAGAGCUGAAACAGAAGAACCAGCAAUUGCAGUUGCAGAGGCUUUCACCUGCAAGAGAAGCUGGGGAAGAAGUCAGUGAUUCUACUUGUUCAAGCACUCAAAGAGUGGAUAUUCAGGUUAUCCAAGCUGCCGAGUCCACAUCAUCAGGAGGGCAAAGGAUAGAGCUCAGAGUGAGUGUGAGGGGAGACUGUAAUAUGCUGGAUUUGGUCAUUCGCAUACUCGAAUUUCUAAAGAAGGUGGACAUGGAAUUGGUGUCAGUGGAAGCAAACUUACAACUGCAGCAGACGAUUCCACUCAACCGAGUUUUUAUAAGAUUAAAUACUAAGGGAAGUGAAUGGGACGAGUCGGCCUUCCAGGAAGCCAUUGCCAGGAUUGUUGCUGAUGUAACACGCUGACCAUCUGGCCUGAGGGGCUUGACUUGACCUUUUCCUUUUGCCUUUUUUCAUGGUUUUGGGAAUCCUAGACAACACAUCACCACUUUCACCUCAGGUCCACAACCAUGUCACACUGAAUUCCAUUUUCAUUUUCAUUUCUAUUUCCAUUCCAUUGAUGUAUUCAAAGAUGGCCAACCCCUUUUUAAAGAAAAUAUUUGAAAAUGAGGAAACCCAAAAGGGUACCCCCAAAGCCCACCACAGAGUCAGAGUUCCAUUCAAUGACUCAAAAGAUUAAUUUACCUACUAAUAUGGAGAAGCAAUCAGAUCAAAUCAACCUAUUCAACCAGGGGGAGAAAAAUCAAAGUGAAUUCUCCUUAAGCCACGUCAUUUCAUCCAAAUGGUUCUUUUUUUUUUUUUUUUAGUGGAGAAUCAUUCACCUAUUCCUGCUUAUACCACCCCCCUCACCUAUUUUUUUUGUUUCUGUAUUCCCUUAUUGAUUAUAGAACAUAGAGACCUUCCACAUACAGUUAAAGGUGCACAACAGUUUUGGAUUUUGUCAUCUGCAAAUUUCCAUUGUCAACAAUCGACAUCAUCAACAAGACUUAUCCGUCCAUUGCUUCAUUUUCCAGCUAAUUCUUCAUAAUUGCAUUGAUCAAGUUUCCUUUAACCUAUGGUGACAAAAGAAUAUCAUUUUAUGGAUGAAUACAACAGAAGGUGCACAACAAUUUCGAAUUUUUUCAUGUGUAUGUUUUCACUGUCAACAUUGUUAACUCUUUAAGACUUAUCAGUUCAUUGCUCCUUACCUUGCUUAUGAAUGAUGUUAGUCCUUUAUUUCUUUAUAAUUCGAUUGACCUAAUUUCUUUCCAUUCACCAAUGAUGAAUAAUGAGUAUCUUAUCCAUUAGUAGGAUCCAAUUCUCUAAGUUGAUUGAAAAUGAUAUUUCAGACCAUCCACAAUAAUAAGAAGUGGGAGUUAAUUAUAAUAAAUGGAUGAUUGUAUCCCUCCCUCCCUUCUUUGCUUAUUUUUUUCCUCUCUCCUUUUUCAUUGUAUCCCUCCCUUCUUUGGUUUGUUUUUUUCCCUGCUCCCUUUUUGGGUUUAUCCCCUCUC